UUGUUUUUGUGUUGUUGGACGUCAGAAGAGGAUACAGGCGUGGUUUAAUGUUCACUCACAGCAAACACACACCCACAAAGAGAGAAAGCAAAAGGAUAAACUGACACAGCGCGUCUCAUCAGCCUUCAUUUGGGUCACACAGCCAGUAAUUCAUGACAACUCUACUAAAAUACAAGCCCCGACUUCACUUCAGAAGAUAAAGAUUGAGGUGAGGAGGAAGAGGAUGACAAUUUGUUGGUCAGUAUAUCAGUAUACUGUCAGUCGUCUCUUUUUUUGUCCCAUGUUUUCUUGUCUUUGGUAAAGGGAGCCCGUUCUCAGAUGAUACAACAUCGGUAUGAUUCAUAUCUUGAGUCUGAAGGUUUUCCUCUAUGGUCUGAACACCUACAGGUUUCUGCUUCUUUGACUUUGGCAUAGUACCUGUAUGGCUGGUCUCUAGGUACAUUCAUAAAAUGUGAUUGAGGUAAUGAUACUGCCCAUCUCAGCCAAUGUAUUCAACACAGCAGGUUAACAUAGCAGCAUCCACAAACUAGUGCCUGCACAAACUAGUUUCUCUCUAUUCCCUGUGUAUCAUGAUGAUCUGGUUUUAGUUUACAUGACAAUUCUGAAAUUGGCUUAGUGGACAAAUCUGACCGUAACUUAAUAACCUCUGCUAAUGUGAACUCACUGUUUCUGGUUUACCUCUCAGACUGACUUUCAGAAGUUCACAAGAUGAACAUUUGUGUUGAGGAAGAAAAGAGUGGAGCAGAGUCUGAAGAAAAGAGUGGAGCAGAGUCUGCAGGAUCCAGCUGUCCUUCUAUGAGAAGUGACAGCUCCAGAAUUGAUCCUUUAAACUUCAGGGAUGAACCUGGACCCUCAGACACAACAGAGAGGAAGGCGAUCUCAGAGGAUCCGGUCUCUACCAGCUGUGGACCAGAAAAAUCCAGGACUGAAGCACAACUGCAGAUAUCCACAGAUGUUGGUCUGCAGGAGAUUUUAAAUGAACAUAAAAUACACCUAAAGAGACAAUACGAACGUGUGACUGAAGGAUUUGGUGACUCAAGAAGUGGAACCCUCCUCAACACGAUCUACACUGAGCUUUACAUCACAGACAAACAGAGUGAAGAGGUUCAUACUCAACAUGAAGUGAGGCAGCUGGAGACAACUUCACAAACAGAUACCGUCCAUGCCCCAACAAUCAAGUGUCACAAACUCUUUGAAGUUUUGCCUCACCUGAUGAGACCCAUCAGAGUGGUUCUGAUGAACGGAAUCUCUGGCAUUGGAAAAACCUUCUCAGUGCAGAAAUUUAUUGUAGACUGGUCAGAGGGCUUGGAAAACCAAGACAUCAACAUAGUGAUUCUGCUUUCAUUCAGGGAGUUGAAUCUCGUUAAAGAUGAGCGGUACAGUCUUCUGGAGCUGCUCCAUGUUUUCUAUCCAACAUUACAGAAAAUCACCAGAGAGAAACUCACUCUUUGUAAACUUUUGUUCAUCUUUGAUGGCCUGGAUGAAAGUCGACUUUCACUGGAGUUCACUAACCGGAAGAUUGUUUCUGACAUUACUCAGACAUCAUCAGUCAACGAGUUAGUAACAAACCUCAUAGAAGGGAAUCUGCUUCCCUCGGCUCUCAUCUGGAUAACUACCCGACCUGCAGCAGCCAAUCAGAUACCUCCUAAAUGUGUUGACAGGGUAACAGAAGUGCAAGGCUACACUGACGCUCAGAAGGAGGAGUACUUCAGGAUGAGAUUUAGUGAGAAAGAGCUGUCCAGAGUUAUCUCCCACAUUAAGAAAUCCAAAAACCUCAAUGUCAUGUGUAAAAUCCCAGUCUUCUGCUGGAUCACUGCCACAAUCCUUGAGUACAUAUUGAAUACAGACCAAAGAAGAGAGCUACCAAAGACCCUGACAGACAUGUACUCGUACUUCCUACUGGUUCAGACAAAAAGGAAUAAGCACAAGUGCCAAAAAGAACAUGAGACGAGUCCACAGGAGCUGACGGAUGCUGACAGGGAAGUUCUUCUGAAGCUGGGGAAGCUGGCGUUUGAAAAUCUGAAAAAAAGAAACAUCAUAUUCUACCAAGAAGACCUGGAAAAGUGUGGUCUGGAUGUCACAGAGGCCUCAGUUAAUUCAGGGGUUUUUACUGAAAUCUUUAAAAGAGAGUGUGUGAUUUUCCAAAAACCAGUCUACUCCUUUGUUCAUCUGAGCAUUCAGGAGUUUCUGGCUGCUGUUUACACGUCUCACUGUUACACCAACAGGAAAACAGAGGUACUAAAAGAAGUCCUGGGGGAAGAAUAUAACGAGACAUCUCUGGACAUUUUUCUGAGCAAAGUCAUGGAAAAGUCCCUCCAAUGUAAAAAUGGCACUCUGAACUUGUUUGUUCGCUUCCUGCAUGGCCUCACACUAGAGUCCAACCAAAGACUCUUAGUAGGUCUGCUGAGUCAGACAGAGAACAACCCAGAAGUUAUCCAGAAAAUCAUCAACAACCUAAAAGAGAUGAGACGUUCUCAAAUUUCUCCUGACAGAAGCAUCAACAUCUUUCAUUGUCUGAUUGAGAUGAAUGACAGCUCAGUGUUUCAGGAGAUCCAAGAAUUCGUGAAAUCAGAGACAAAACUCUGUGAGAUCCACUGCUCAGCUCUGACCUACAUGCUGCAGAUGUCGGAGGAGGUUCUGGAUGAGUUGGACCUGCAGAAGUUCAACACAUCAGAUGAAGGACGACACAGACUGAUUCCAGCUGUGAGCAACUGCAGAAAGGCUCUACUAAAAGCUUGUCAUCUCUCAGAGACUCACUGUGAAAUUGUGGCCUCAGCUCUCAAAUCCGACAACUCCAAUCUGGUGGAGUUGGACAUGACUGGAAACAAGUUGCAGGAUUCAGGACUAAAUAUUUUGUCUGCUGGACUGUCGAGUCCAGACUGUCGACUAGAGACUCUGAGGUUGGAGAGCUGUUGGUUGUCAGAUAUCAGCUCUCUGGCUUCAGCUCUGAAUUCCAACCCCUCUCAUCUGAAAUAUCUAAACCUGAGCUACAACAUCUUGGAGAAUUCAGGAGUGAGGCAUCUUUGUGGUUUUCUGAAGAAUCCCCACUGUCUAUUGGAGACUCUGAGAUUGCAGCGCUGCAGUUUGUCAGAGAUCAGCUGUGAUCAUCUGCUUCCAGCCCUUCAGUGCAACCCCUCCCAUUUGAAACAUCUGGACCUGAGCACGAACAACCUUCAGGAUUCAGGAGUGAAGCAGCUGUGUGUUUAUCUGAAGACUUCAGAUUGCAGACUGGAGACUCUCAGGUUAUGGGGCUGCAAGUUCUCAGAGACCAGCUGUGAUUAUCUGUUCAAAGCUCUUCAGUCCAACACCCAUCUGAGAGAGCUGGACCUGACCUUGAACAACCUGCAGGAAUCACAUGUGAAGCAGCUGUCUGAGCUUGUGGACAGCCCACAUCACACACUGGAGGUUCUCAAUAAAGUGUUUGUGCAGCAAGGAAGCAUUCAGGCCUCUCAGUGGUUAAGCUCCACUGUAGACUUGUCUGAACAAGUCAGUGCUGCCCUUAAUAAUAUUAAUAACACCCAAAAAUUUGAUUCUGUUCAUCUGCAUGUAGCGUUUUUAGUGGGAGAAACAUUUCAUCACUUGUUCAUGUGACUUCUUCAGUCUCAG